CCUUUUCCCAAUCCAUUGAUCAAAUGGAUUCAUGUAGUUUCCUCACUCCCUCCUUCUCCUCGUCAGACUUCUCCGGCGAGAAUACACCGCCGUCGCCGUCGCCGUCAUGGGAAACCAGUCUCACUUACACCAACAAUUACAACGAGAUGAUUCUCUUCAAAACCCACAACAAAUCCACAAACACUUCGUCUAAAUCCGAUCCAGAAAAGUCAUACAGAGGAGUUAGAAAACGACCCUGGGGGAAAUUUGCAGCAGAAAUAAGAGAUUCAACAAGAAAUGGGAUUAGGGUUUGGCUUGGAACAUUCGAAAGUGCAGAGGCAGCUGCUUUAGCAUAUGAUCAGGCUGCUUUCGCCAUGAGAGGAACCACGGCAGUUCUUAAUUUCUCGGUGGAAAGGGUUCGAGAAUCGCUCAAGGAGAUGAAGUAUACGUCGGAGGAAGCUUGUUCGCCGGUAAUGGCGUUGAAGAAAAGACAUUCAAUGAGGAGGAUCAGGACGAAGAAGAAGAUUGAGAAUGAUUUUAAAUUGGUGUUGGAAGAUUUGGGAAAUGAGUAUUUGGAAGAACUAUUAUUGACCUCUGUUUCUCAAAAUUGUUAAAUAAAAUUAAUU